CAUAUUCACUCCAUUUAACUACCAGUCCUUCUCAGUCUCUUAAAUCCUUGUUAAAACUCCCUUCUUCAAAGCAAAGUAGUGAUUCUUCUAUACUCUUAACACGUUUUCUUCCACUUUAUUUCUCACUUUUUACCAAAGAAAUUGAUCCAAAUUUGCUUCUUCUACUAACCCUUUUCAAGAUUCUGCCGCAAUUUCCUUAAAACUUAUAAUAUUUAUGAAGGUGCUUUAAAAGGAUCAGUUUUGAAAUGGCAGGUGAUAUUGAAGAACCCUUUAGGCUUAGUUUUCAGGCAGAUUCGUGGCAAUCUGGAUCUAUCUCAUUCGGUAGAUUUGAAAACGAAGCUUUAUGUUGGGAGAGGAGGUCUUCUUUCACACAUAACAGGUAUCUUGAAGAGGUUGAGAAAUACUCGAAGCCAGGUUCUGUAACUGAGAAGAAAGCAUAUUUUGAGGCGCGUUUUAGGAGGAGGGGACUUCUAAGCCAGAGCUCGUCUGAGUGGCAGAACGGGACCGAGUCUCAAACUAGUGAAAACGAUUGCCCUGAGAAUACAUGUUAUGAGGGGGACUUUGAGCAUGUUAAUGAGGUCGGCUGUUCUGCACACUUUGUUGAAAAUCAUGAUGGAUCAGCCAACGUACUGAAGAAUGAAAAUUGUCAAGCUAGUGAAAAUGAUGCCGCUGAGAGUACAGGUUAUGAGGGGGAUUUUGAGCAUGUUAGUGAAGUUGGCCAUUCGGCUCGCUUUGAUGAAAAUCAGGAUAGACCAAUCCAUUUACUGAAGAAUGAAAAAUAUCAAGCUAGUGAAAAUUAUGUCACUGAAAAUACAGGUUAUGAUGGGGACUUUGAGCGAGUGAAUGAGGUUGGUCAUUCUGCACGCUUUGUGGAGAGUUUUGAUGGAUCAAACAACGGAGACGACGAAGUCACAGAAUUUGACAGAGAAGAUAGUAUAAUUUUCCAUUCAGGACCUCAUACUGAACAUGCCACCGACAGAUCCCAUGUACUUCAAAGUAUUUCUGAGCAUCUGGAAGCAGAAGCAAAAUAUCAUCUUGAUGCUGGAAAUUCAGCUGUUGAUGAUCCUGCACCUGAGAUUGAAGUGAAAGAGAAACGAGAAGACCAAGAUAACAGUAUGGAGGUUUCAUCAACCUCUGUUGAUCUGUCCUCAAAUGCUCACACCACUGAGAAAGAUGGUAGUGUUUGUUCAGCACCUCAACGAAGUUCAUCUUCGAAGGUGAGGACUGCUUCUCGAUCAAGAGAUGCAAAAUCCAGAAUGUUGUCCCAAGUUAAUGUUGCUAAUGGCAAGGGGACUAUCUCAAAACAAGCAUAUAAAGACAUUUCACGAAAACCAAAUAGAAGGCAUAGCGAUGUUUCCUUGACACAAAAAGGAGAAAAGCCCGGAUUGGAAGCUCUGAACACUCUCCAUUUGCGUCCAACUGCCAGAAUGCCAAAACCAGAGGUUUCUUCAGGUUCAAAAGCUAAUGUACUUGAUCAACAGAAAAGCAGUGAACAAGAUCCGAGAGCAAAAAAGGUGGUCGCUUCUCGUGCUUUCUGUACAGAGAAAGUUAGCCAAAGAGUAUAUCAAAGUGUAAACAGGGAUAAGCAGAGUGUGAAUUCAAGUCAACCAGGCAUGAAACAGAAUGGAUCUGGUUUCCGUUUCAAAUGUGAAGAGCGCGCCAAGAAAAGGAAAGAGUUCCUUGUGAAGCUAGAGGAGAAAAUGCAUGCGAAAGAGGCAGAAAAACAUCAGCUCCAAGCAAGAACUCAGGUAAAGAAAGAAGCAGAGCUCAAACAGCUAAGGAAAAGUCUCAAUUUCAAAGCCACUCCAAUGCCUGCCUUCUACCAUGAACCUGGUCGUUGGUCAGAAAGAAACAAGGAGUUAGCAAGUAAGACUAAAUCAAGUAAAUCACAAAGCAGGCUUUCAUCUCCAGGGACAAGAGCUACUAGUGAAACAGAGAACAUCGUUCCUCGUUCAGGGGCAGAAAUUGAUAACAGCUGUUCCACUAAUGAACGUCUAAAUGUGGCUGAUUCACCAAAGGCGUCAGAAGUAACCAAUCAUCCUUCAGCAGAAUUAUCAGACAGCAGUGUGCCAUCUUCAGCUCCAACAAGCAAAACUUCUCGACAGACCAGAUCGAAUAAAUCAGUAGCUCCAAAGAGAGAGCAAGAGAAAAGGCAGGUUGUGAAUUCUCCAAGACCGAAAACACCAGAUGGGAACAAGGGGAACAAGGGCUUCAAAGCUGAGGAGAAAACUAAAGUUGUUGCGCGAAGAAUGGGAAAUGGUGCAAUGAGAAAGGAUAUUAGAAGUAUUGAUUUGAGCAGAAGUACACGAAUGGGUCGUUUAGCUGUUGGCGUUGCUUCCUAAACACAUCAGCUUUUACAUCUUAUAAAACCCGUCAUGUCUGCAAGACGGACGACGUAAUGAAGGUAACUUGGUGAUCUUGCUCCUAAGUCAGAUUGUAAUGUGUGAAUUCUCAUUUUCGCAACAUAGCAAAUGUGAUGGAUCAAAUAUGUUGAGACGAUAUACUUAGUGUGUAGGUUAGCGUUUCUGUUAGAUAAGCAGUCUGUAACUAUGUGUAGUUUGGAUAGAGAAAUAAUUAUAGACCUCUUUAAGCCAAGUUCUUGAAAUACCAUGAAUGCUGUACUACUAAAUAUUAACACACUGAAUAAGAUGUUAAAUUUCAGUUCA